AUGAACUUCUCUAUUUAUGAUUUGAACGAUGAUAUCCGUAAGCUAUUGAACCUUGAGAAUUUUCUCGAGGGAAUGUCAGUCAAUGACUUUGUUGAGGAGUUAAGUAAGGAUCAUAUACUUAAGGGAGCGGAGGUUAAGAAUUUAGAGUAUUUGGAUCCCAAGCCAUAUAUUCGGACAUUUGAAGCGACGCUUAAGGAAUUGAAGCAAUUGGGACAAUUGGCAGCCAAAAGGAAAGUGGAAGCUGAGCGAGAAGUUGAACAAUACGAAGUUAAACAUUCUCGUCAUGUAUUGGAAUUAUCUCAAGAGAUUAAUGAAUUGACCAGUCAAUUUAAAAAUUUAGAUGGUAAGAUAUCACAUGUUUCUGAACAGGUGGAUCCAUUAGGACAAGCAUUGGAUAAGAUCACCAAUUCCAGAGAUCGAUCACGAGAGACGAUAUUUUUAAUUAGAGCAUAUCAUGGGUUUUUCACCAAGGAGAAAUAUGAACCACUAGAUAAUUUGAUCAAUAGUAAAAGUUAUGAAGAUCGGUUGAAAGGAGCUAAGAUUGUUAGUAACUUACUUGUUUUAACGAAAAAGAUAGAGACUCCAGAUUUACCCAAAACUACCAAUUGUGUCAAGUUACUUGAUAAAUACAGUGAGACUAUGGAACAGAAUCUUUUAACCCGGUUUGAAACGGCUCUGGAAGAACCAGAUUUCGAGACCAUGAGAGAUAUUGUCAAUAUCUUGUUCGAGUUCAAUGGUGGUACAAGUGUUGUGCAGACAUUUGUUAAUAAGAAUGAUUUAUUGGAUGAUCAUAUGAUGACAGAUCACAAUACUACCAGUAAUAAUAAUGAUAAUAAUAAUAUUUUUGAUGAUGAACUGUUUUGGAUCAAAUUAGGCGAUCCUCAUUUCCAAGGAGAAAUCAAAGAACAAUCAACAAUUAUGCUUUUGGAUAAACUAAAAGUAGCAAUCAAAGGUCACGCGCGAAUGGUGCAACAAGUGUUCACCAAUCCGAUCCCCGUGAUGAAGAAAAUUAUCCAACGGGUUUACGCACUGAUGAUAAAGAACAAGGUGGAAGAACUCCUUCAAUUCUCCUUGGACACGAGUCUUUUGGCUCAUUUAAGACUCCUCAAUGUGUUGUAUGUAUUGGUGGGGGACUUUAGUAAAGACGUGAAAGAUUUCCUUGUGACCAAUGAAUUUGACUCGACUGAUAACGAACUUAAUCUUAUUAUCGACCAAGCGUUCUACGAUGUGUUUAUGGACUACUUGUCCGACAGUGCGUACUUCCCUCGGGAGAAGAAACACUUGGAGAACCUCAUUUAUGAGAUUGUCCAGGACUACACGCUGAACCACGAAACCAGUUUGACCAAUCGGUUGUUAUCCAUCAAGUUGGAGAACAUGGACAAUUUGGAGUACGAAGAUGGUGAUAAUAAUGGGAAUGGUACCACUAAGGGGAUGAAUGAACGUUUCAGUUUCCAUUUCUCCGAGAGGAAAAGAUUAAACCAGUUGAAGACAUUUAUGAAGUCGCACUUGAAUGAUAUAAAGAACAGGAUUCCAACGUCUGCAAGUUCAAGUGGUACAACUGCAACUACUACAACAAGUGGGACAAUCAAUGGAAAUACAACGACAACGUCGUCUGAAAAUAAUAUGCAUAAUACUAAUACUAUGGAUGAGUCUAGACCUAUAAUUGAUAGAAGUAUAUCAAUAAGAGGCCAACACCAUCCCAAGGUCAAGAAUGAACUUGAACUGCAUUUGAUAGAACGGGUUCUAACCGGCUGCUUCGAAGCCUUAUCAAGAAUACUUGAAUUGGAACCAAAUAGAAGUCCGGAAUACGCCUUGGAAAUAUUGGAAUUAUUACUAUUUGAUUUCGGGAAACUUUAUGUGGAAUCAACCAUGGAAGUCUCUUAUGAUUCGUUAAAGUUGCAGUUCCCUAAAGCUUCGACUUUGACGGAAAUAGACUUUUCAUACUUGGAAAUCAUUCCUCAAGUCAGUGAUGCUUUAUAUCUCGAAUCUUCGUGCAUUCGGAAACUCUUUUUACCCUGUGCUAUCAAUUCUCCCAACAUCAAAAACAGAAUGGUCAAUUCUACAAAUAAUUAUAUUCAACGAUGUGAAAUAUCCAUCAACAUCAUAUUGGCAGAUACCAUUGUGCUCUGUUGUCAGAGAUUGACGUUUUUAUUGACCAAACAAAAGAAAAAGGAUUUUGUGAGUGAUGUGCUUGGUGAAGAAGAUGAUACCGAAUGCUGUGAGUUGAUAUCCCAAUUCCUUACCACAAUGUACGAGUCCAUGAACUUAUCACUUGAUGACAUAAGUUUGACUAAUACCUUGGUCAAAGUGGGAAUGAGUCUUUUAAAUCAACUAUUGGAACAUUAUAAGAAAUUCCCUGUCAAUUCCACUGGUGGGAUUAUUCUAACUAAAGAUGUUAUCAAAUAUCAAUCAAUCAUCGAUCAUUGGAAUAUUCCUGAACUUAGUGAAAGUUUCCAGCUAUUAAGAGAGAUCGUCAAUUUAUUCACUGUUCACCCUAAUUUGAUCAACUCGUUGAUUGCAGAAGGUCAAUUGGUGAAUCUAAAGCCUUUUACCCUAAGACAAUAUAUUAUCAAGCGGACAGAUUUCAAUACCAGUUAUUUGGAUAAAGUGUUCAACUUCAAAUAA